UUCGUGUCUAUAUUUUCGCCACCCCCAUUUCUCAUUUUCUUCCAUUGUUGCCCCCUUCCCCAUCUCUUUCUCUCUCUAAAUGCCCUAAAAAUCCAAUAUAAAACACACCCUUUUCUUCUCCAUAGCCGCUAUAUCUCAUCUCAGUCUUAUCACUCUUCUUCAUCCACAUCUAGUCAACAAUCAGUCACUCAAAACAGAGGCGAAUCAAACAACAACUACACAGAUCAUCUUUUUCUUCUUAUCCUCUUCAAAAUCCAUUCUUUUUCAAGAAAAUCGGUUCAGAUUUGAAAAUGUUUUCUUAAAAAACACAGAUUUUGAUUUUUUUUUGUUGAUAUAGUUAAAGAACGAAUCUUUUUUGUUGAUUGAAAGAUAAAAAGUGUUUUUUGAGGUAUUUCAAUGGCACCCAGUAUGGAUUGUGCAGUUUCCAGCCUUUUGUGUGCUGAAGACAACAGUAGCAUUUUUUGCAAUGAGGACGAUGAUGUCGGAUUUGGGUUUGUAGAGGAAGUUGUGGGGGAAGAUAUAUGGUAUCCUAGGAUUCAUCGAAAUGGUCAAGAAAACAGGAAGUUGUUUAAUGGAGAUGAGUUUUAUACUGGUGUACCAUUGCAGAGUGAUGAGUGUUUAGUUUUGAUGAUUGAAAAAGAAUGUGAACAUAUGCCUGCUGUUGAUUAUCUUGAAAGAUUGAGAAAUGGGGAUUUGGAUAUUGGGGCUAGAGAUGAGAUUCUUGAUUGGAUUGCUAAGGUUCAUUCGCAGUUCAAUUUUGGUCCAAUGUGUGCAUAUUUGGCUGUGAACUAUCUUGAUAGAUUCCUUUCUGCUUAUGACUUGCCUAAGGAAAAGGCUUGGAUGAUGCAGUUACUCGGCGUAGCUUGUCUGUCGAUUGCUGCCAAAAUGGAGGAGACUGAUGUUCCUCUGUCUCUAGAUUUACAGGGAGGGGAUGCAAAGUUUGUAUUUGAAGCUAAAACAAUACAGAGAAUGGAGCUACUUGUGUUAACCACAUUGAAAUGGAGAAUGCAGGCUAUCACCCCAUUCUCUUACAUAGAUUAUUUCAUCAAGAAGAUAAAUAAUAGCGAUCAAAUAUCUUCGAUCAAUAAAUCAGUUGAACUCAUACUAAGCACACUAAAAGGUAUUAACUUCUUGGAAUUCAAGCCUUCUGUGAUUGCAGCAGCAGUAGCAAUCUCAUUUGCAGUAAAAACUGAGACAUUAGACAGUGAGAAAGCACUAUCUGCUCUAGUUCAGCAUGUACAAAAGGAUAAAGUGAUGAAGUGUGUUGAACUGAUUCAAGCAUUGUCAUUAGCAAGUGACUUUGUUAAAGUUCCAAUUGCUUCUUCAAUCCCAUCUGUUCCUCAGAGUCCAAUUGGUGUGUUGGAUGCAGCAUGUUUAAGUUACACAAGUGAUGGCUCAGGAGUUGAGUCGCGGUCUAAUUCAUCGCAUAAUAGUCCAGUGAAGAGGAGAAAGCUAAAUACUUAAAGAUGGAUGAGAUAUUAAGUGGAAAGAAGGCCUUUUGUCAAGUUAUUAUGAUAUAGUUGAAUGAGAGUUUUGGUGUGAUCUUUUGAGAAUUACAAUGCACCCCACAUACACAUAACUUCAAAAUAAAGAAAGUUUAGGAAAUAUUAUGAAGAAAA